AUGAGAAAGGAAGAAGCCGCCUUGAAUGAGGUUACGACAAUACAGUCGCUGGAGGGAGAUCGCUUCCACGAGGACAACGUCUGCAAUCAAUGCGGCCACUUUGGCCACUGGCUAGGCGAUUGUGUCUUCCCGGACGACAACGGCUACAUCAAGGGCUGUCCCAUUCACAACGCGAAGGGUCAUACCUGGGACGAAUGCCCCGAUGCGCGAAAGAUGAGCCUAGAGCGCAAGAUUAUGUACGUCAUCCUACGAAGAAGGAACAAGCCAGCGAUACAGUCAACACAUCCAUGGAUCGCACUUGUCAAGGUAGCGCUGCAACAGGGCUCAGAAGCAUACUGCUGGGGACCAUCCGUAUGGACCCGGGAAUUCGUCAUGAAGAUGAUUCGGGGACCAAAAGCUGAUCACCCGUGGCUCGACUUCAAUUAUGGCCGACAACUCAUCUCGACUCUGCCUAAAGAUCCGGAGACCAUGGAUGACCCCGGAGUUCUGGUCGAGAGACGCUUACUCUGGAACCAGGUUCACAGGCCCUUACUCAAGAGAGGUGAGCCUGACGAUGGAUUUUAG